UUUCUUUGCUUUUCUGGUUUUAACAGAGAAAAAAGAUGUGUGUGUUUAUAAACACACAUAUGAAAUAGUGAGUGGAAUGGAGAGAAAGUUAAAACCUGAAGAGCAGUACAGUCGAGAAUAUGAGCCUGAUUCAACUUGGCCCGAUGGAUUGUGUCGAAACUGCACGUGCACUGGCAGUAAUGGUAAAUUUACAUUUAACUGCCGUGUGGAAAUUUGCCCCAAACUAUCUGAUUUCAUCGACAAAGAUGAUUAUGUUCGGGUAGAAGAAAAUGUGGCUGGAGCCUGUUGUCCAAAGUUCCGACGCUUACGCUGUAAACAGGGAGACCAGAGUUACAAUGUUGGUGAUAGUUGGCCAUCUCCUGAUGGAGAUAAGUGCAAGAAAUACAAGUGUGUGACAGCUCCAAAUGGAGAAGUGCAAAAAGUUGAACAGACAACUACCUGUAAGAAAGAUUGUCCACCGUUUGCUGAGUAUGUUGAACCUGCUUCUGACUCACCGGAGUGUUGUGGACAUUGUAAGGUUGUUGCUUGUGAAGAAAAUGGACAAGUUUUCCAGGUUGGAGUGAAGUGGAACUCUACAGAAAAGCCUUGUUAUGAGGCAGAAUGUAUAGAAAAGAAAGACCAGAUCCAGACUCUCUUUAUAAAACGAGAAUGUCUUCCCAUUCCUGACACUUGUCCUAAGGAAGAUAUUAUAUUCGAUGACUUUGGCUGUUGUAAGAAAUGUCGGUUUAUACCAGGCAUAUGUGUUCCAAUGCGAGUUCCAAAAGCUGAAACAGUAAAUUUCUUCAAGAUGUAUGAAAGAGGCCGAGGAACAUGCACCAACAAAAAGCCCAUUGCUCAUCUGGUUGAGUGUAGAGGUCACUGCAAGUCAUCCACUGUUUAUUCUCCAAAAGAAGACAACUUUGUGAGUUCUUGUGACUGCUGCACAGCCAGUGGGUCAGAUAAACGAGAGAUCUUGUUGGACUGUGAGGAUGGAAGUCAACUGAAGAAAACUUUUUACCAACCAAAAGACUGUGUAUGUACUGCAUGUGGACAGUAUGGAAAGGAAAUAUUACUUCCUACUCCUCUCAAAUAAUAUCCCAAACUUUUGAACUGAGUAUUUUAUCUUAUGAGUUUUUAACAGUUUCAAAAAUUUAUGCAUUUGUAACCACCAAUGUUUUUUACAGUUCUUGAAUGUUUCAUUCAUGGUAUUAGCUUUUUAUCUGUACUUUUUAUUUCAAUCCUUUUUGUAUGAAAUUUGAAUGAUUAAAAAAUAUAAGUAGUCUG